AUGCGGCCCCACAGCGUGGUGCUGUGGGGCUCUAGAGACUCGGCCAAUGGGAAAAGUCGGCUGUGGCACCUGAGGGGACCGCCAAGGACAGCGGCUAUUGUCAUUGCCGCCCUCCCGGGAGCAACGAGGAAGGUCGGCGAGGUAAUUUCGGAGGCGAAAACCAAGAUAAAGCUCGCCGACCUGAGCAUCGAGGGAAUCAGGUCCCGGAGAGCAAUAACCGGGGCCAUGAUACUGGAGAUUCCAGGGGAGGGCGAGGCCGCAAAGGCCGACGCCUUGGCAGCGAAGAUGGUUGAAAUGGUAGGCGGGCCGGACAUUAAAAUAGCCCGCCCUAUAAAGAGACAGGAGAUUCGGCUGUCCGGGCUGGACGACAGCGUCACACCGAAGGAGGCGUAA